AUGCUGCAGUUCUAUUCCAUUGUAUGUCGGGUUGCGACUAUUUUAAAGACGAGAUACACGGCACCUGGAUUUUGGAAUACUGGCCUGGGGCUUUUCCUGGAGGCUGAACAUCUAGUGUCUGAACCUUCUGAAAGGAAACAUUUGCAGAGUUGCAUAGCUGAAGCCCAGGAGCAGCUUCGAUAUGUACAGAAUGAGUUUGAGGGUGUGGGAUCAGGACGAAAUAGCACGAGUGGAGGAUUUCUGUUUGACGGGCAUCUUACUGUGGACCCUGAGCCUCCGGAGCCUGAUUGGCUGGUGCAAUCUGGCCUUAUGACAGCUAUUGCUACCUUGUCUGCAGGGGGAUCUUCUCAAACGGAAAAUUUGGACACAUCAGAGAGCAAUACCAAUUUAAUUCAAGAACUACUACAGAGACUUGAUAAUGUUGUGCCAAUGAUACUGGAUAACGAUCCUGUGGCACCCAGAGUACCACCUGCCAGUAAAGAAGUGGUUGCAAAGCUUCCAGUUACUACAAUUACUGAAGAAAUCCUGACCAAGCUAGGACCAGAUGCAGAAUGUGCCAUUUGCAAGGAGAAUUUGGUUGUAAGUGACAAGAUGCAAGAGUUGCCUUGCAAGCACACGUUUCACCCUCCUUGCCUUAAGCCAUGGCUGGAUGACCACAAUUCUUGUCCAAUCUGUCGGCAUGAACUGCAAACUGAUGAUCAUGCCUAUGAAAGUUGGAAGGAGAGGGAGAAGGAGGCUGAGGAAGAGAGGAAAGGAGCUGCAAAUGCCGUUCGUGGGGGUGAAUACAUGUAUGUAUAG